CUCCGGCGAGUUUAGUCUUCGCGUGUAAUUCAUUCCUAAACUACAAACAAAUACAAGUUCUUAAUAUUUCUGAAACAUAAAUUCAACACUAUGCAGUGGCCGAUCGCGUACGUGGGUGUAUUCGCUUUAGUUGCGGUCGUUUCUCUGGUACCAGCUGGCGAUGCAGCGCGCAUACUUGGCUUCUUCCCAUCACCGAGUCAAUCGCAUUUGAUCAUACACUGUGCACUGACUGAGACACUGGCACGCGCCGGACACAAUGUAACGGUGAUCGCGACCAAACCAAAUCCUUAUCCAAAUGCCGCAUACAAAUACAUAUAUAUCGAGACACCUUUGCUGUCCGCAACUUUUAUGGAUAAAUUUAUCAACGAUCCGCCACCAUUCUACAUAAAAUAUCCGCAUUUGGUAACUGAAGCCUCGCAGAUGAACAAUAGAACACUAUGGCAUCCGGAAAUGCAGCAGUUCUUGCGUGAACACCGGGCGGGUUCCUUCGACUUGCUGUUAUUGGGCUAUUUUAUCAAUGACUUUCAUGUGGGACUCGGUGCGCAUUUCGAUUGUCCGGUGAUAAUUUCUUUUAUGGUACAACCCAUAUUUUCACUCAACGAAAUGAUCGGCAAUCCUAGCGAACACGCGUAUGUUCCGACAUUGCUCAGUGGUCUGAAGCAACCCAUGGACAUUUGGGCGCGUUUACAAACGUAUCUCUUAUACCUCUAUGAAUAUUUUGUCAUGGGUCCGUUGCUGGAAAGCGCACAGCAAACGCAUUAUAGUUAUAACUUCCCCGUCAGCAGCGGUUACCCCAAUUUCCUUGAAGCGCGUCGCAAUGUCGCCUUAAUAUUCACUAAUCACUGGUUUGCACAGGGUCCCAUACGUCCCAACGUACCGAAUCUCAUCGAAAUAGGUGGUAUACAAAUCAAAGAGCAACCUGAUCCACUACCCACCGAUAUCGCCGAAGUGCUGAAUGGCUCACCAGAGGGUGUGAUCUACUUCAGUUUAGGUACCAAUGUACGUGGUGAUCUCUUAAAGGCAGAUAAAGCGCGUAUAAUUUUCAAUGUAUUGUCCAAGUUGCCUUACAAGGUCUUGUGGAAAUGGGAUGAAAACGACUGCCCAGGCAAUGCGUCGAACAUUAUCAUUAAAAACUGGCUGCCACAGGACGACAUACUUGGACAUCCAAAUGUCAAACUUUUCAUUACACAUGGUGGGAAAGGUAGCGUGGUGGAGUCGGAAUAUCAUGGCGUACCCAUGGUGGGUAUACCAUUCUACGCUGAUCAGCACGCAAAUUUGAAGGAACUGCAGCAACUAGGCUUUGGUCUGUAUUUAGAAUACCCAGAAUUGACUGAAGACAGUUUCAGGCGUGCCAUCGAAGACGUGAUCAACAAUCCGAAGUAUACAAAAGCGAUACGCGCCUUCUCGAAAGUGUACCGCGAUCGACCGAUGACACCGCGUCAAUCGGUGGUCUGGUGGGUAGACUAUGUGCUGCGGCACAAGGGCGCGAAACAUAUGCAAUCACCGGCGGUGCAUUUGACGCGUUGGCAGCUCAUGUCUUUGGAUGUGUUGAGUUUGUUAUUGGCGAUCGCGGCAGUUGUGGUAGGUUUCGGGGUAGUUAUGGUGAGAUUCUGUAUCUCAAGGAUACGCGCGCGGGUGGUAAAAAGGAAGGGCAGCGUCACGAAUGGUGUGAGCAAAAAGAAGAAGCUCAAAUAACAAUAUAAUAGUUGUCUGAUUUACAUAUAUAAAAAAAAGUUUAAAUAAAUUAAAAUAAUUUAUUUACUAAUUAAAUAAAAAAUA